CGGUUCGGGUCAGCCGAGCGAGCGGCCGGUCUCCGGCCCCGCCGCCGCGCUCUGCCGCCGCGCUCUGCCGCCGCUUGUCAGCCGCAUCAUGCCGAGCGCUGCUCAGCGCUAGCGCUUGAGCCGCGCCCCCUGUCCAGAGCCAGAGGGAUGGUGGUAGUCACAGGGCGGGAGCCAGACAGCCGUCGCCCGGCCGGUGCCAUGUCCAGCUCCGACGCCGAGGACGACUCUCUGGAGCCGGCCACCCCGACGGCCACGCAGGCGGGGCAUGCGCUGCCGCUGCUGCCCCAGGAGUUUCCUGAGGUUGUCCCCCUCAACAUUGGAGGGGCCCACUUCACCACACGCCUGUCCACCCUGCGGCGCUAUGAAGACACCAUGCUGGCGGCCAUGUUCAGUGGGCGUCAUUACAUCCCUACUGAUGCCGAGGGCCGGUACUUCAUCGACCGCGAUGGUGCGCACUUUGGAGACGUGCUGAACUUCCUGCGCUCGGGGGACCUGCCACCCUGGGAGCGUGUGCGGGCCGUGUACAAGGAGGCCCAGUACUAUGCCAUUGGAGCCCUCCUGGAGCAGCUGGAGAACAUGCAGCCACUCAAGGGGGAGAAGGUGCGCCAGGCGUUUCUGGGACUUAUGCCCUAUUACAAAGACCAUCUGGAACGGAUUGUGGAGAUCGCCCGGCUGCGUGCGGUGCAGCGGAAGGCCCGCUUCGCUAAGCUCAAGGUCUGCGUCUUCAAGGAGGAGAUGCCCAUUACGCCCUACGAGUGUCCGCUCCUCAGCUCCCUGCGCUUCGAGCGGAGUGAGAGCGACGGGCAGCUCUUUGAGCACCACUGCGAGGUGGAUGUGUCGUUUGGGCCCUGGGAGGCCGUGGCUGACGUCUACGACCUGCUGCAUUGCCUGGUGACGGACCUCUCGGCCCAGGGCCUCACAGUGGACUACCAGUGCAUCGGGGUGUGUGACAAGCACCUCAUCAACCACUACUACUGCAAGCGCCCCAUCUAUGAGUUCAAGAUCACAUGGUGGGGUUAUCUUCUCACAGGGCUGGAAUGCAAACGUCAAAAUCUCCUUCUGAAGAUUCCCUAAGUCAAAGCAAGCAGGGCGCUGAGAUUUCCUGUUCUUUGAGAUGUAGCAUCCUCCAUAGGGGCUCAGAAAACCUCCUUGGCUGCUUGUUCAGGUGUUAGGGUCAGACUUGGGGGGAACCUCCUUGGACGGGAACCUGCCCUUUAGCCCCUAUGGAAUUAUCCUGCUAACGUUCUUCCUCUGGGAGGGUGUCUGUUCUGGGGCAGUGAAGAAAGGGCUGGGUGAGAGGCCCAGCCAUCCUUAGAGCUGUAGGAAGACAGCAGCAGACCUUGAUUAUGUGUUAACUCCCGCACUAGAGAGAAAGAAAGAUCGCCAAGGGUCUCCUCCCCGUGCACGUCCUCCUUGCUGUCUGCAGCCCAGGCAGCUGGUCAGGAUGUGGGCACGCAUCUCCUCCAGGCAGAGCCAUGCAGCACCGCUAGUCAAAAGCAACAUUUCUGUACACUGGGACCAUGAAUACACUGGGCUGUCCCCUUAGGGACAUUUUUUUUAUAUGCAAAGGAUUGGUGAGGGCAGCCCCACAGGUCCCAGUCUUACAGGAGUAGAUUGGUGAGGUGAGGCAAGGGGGGCUGAGGAUGUCUGUGUCCCUCUGAGGAAGAGAGGGCCAGGCCCGAGACGCAAGCUGAGUUCCCUCACGGGACUGGGGGGCACUGAUCCCCUGGUGCCUGUGUGGGAACUUGUAAAUUUCACUAUUAUGUGCGUGGAGCAGAGAUGGAGACCGAGCUCUGAGGGGAAAGGACAGGCCUUCAGGUUCCAGGUGUGCGUUCUUCCUAUCAUUCUCGGACAGUCUCUUUUCUGGAGCUGACAUCCGCUUGGAGCUUAACCCCGAAGCGUGGCUCUUGCCUUGUUCUGACAGCACAGUCUUUCCUUUCCAUGGCUCUGAGUGGUGUUCCUGCCUAAUGUGUGUUCACUUCUCAGCAGACACUGAGACCAGCCACUCAGGAGGAGGUCAGGGUGAGUGGAGCAGAGAUAAGUCAGCCCAGUGCUUUCAGUGGUCUAGCCUGCCACAGAGCAUCCCAGUGCUGGGCCAGGUAGAGUCCAUCCACGUAAGACAUGGAGCGACUGUUUGCUCAAAUGCAGGUUUGCUCAUAAACAGGCCCUGAAACUUGCUUGGGGUUUCAGGGGUGCUGGGCAAGGACCCCCUCCCUCCAUCUCUCUGCCGCCUAAGCUGUUCUCACAGUGGUGUGCUCUGGGCCAGGUGGGGAGACAGGACUCUGGGCCAGCAGAGCAGGCAGAAGGGACACUGACUGGCCAGCUUAGAGCUCUUUCUAAUGGGAGUAAAAGAAUUCGGUGGCCCGGUUUGAGAGGCCAAGGCCAGGCUGGGAGGUGGUUUAGGAUGUUGUGGACUGUGUAGUGGCCUCCAAAGAAAGGGGUCAUUUUUAAGGAAAUGUCUUCUCCCAGUCAGAUCCCUCUCCAAGUCUAGAUAGCCAGGCCCAGCACAUAAGAAGGGUUGGGCCAGGAACAGGGCCCCAAAGGAUGAAAGCUCCCUGAUGCAAAGGAAGUAUUUUUCAUAGAAUUCUCAUGCAGAAUGUCAGUAAAUGCCCCUCAACACAAUGAGGGAAAAGACUGUCUAUCUUGAGACAGGCCGGUGGUUACUGGGGAGUCAGACCCUUGAAGUGCUGGCCUUGGAGCUUCCCUUGUGUUCAGCUUUGGGCAGUUGUCCUCCCAGGUGCCAUGCUCACUGGGUGGGAAGGUGGACGCUUUAGGAGCUAGGCCCAUGCUGCAAUGCUAGCCAUAAAAAAUUUCAAUAAAAAUACAGAUUAAACCACAUGAACCACAGCCUCCACCAGCCUGAGCCCAGAAGAACUAGAUGGUGCCUGGCUAUCACCACCAG